UAACAAUUGCUCAGUUUCCUAAGCAUUAAUGACUAGUUCUAACAAAAGGCUUGAGGUUCAAACAGAAGAUCAAACUCCACAUAAAUGGUGUGUUUCACUGGGGGAAGAGGCUUUCAAGAGAUUUUUCAGCCAGAUUAAUCCAACAGUGCAUAAGGUUUUUGGUGAUGGAUCACUUUUCAGUCCACUGUUGUUUGGGAAGUUCUUUGAUCCUUCUGAUGCCUUCCCUCUAUGGGAGUUUGAGUCAGAUGUGUUGUUAUCUCAUUUAAGGAGUUCCAGCCAAAACACUGUGGAUUGGUGUCAGACAGGUGAAGGCUAUGUAUUAAAAGCAGAAAUACCAGGAACUGGUAAAAAUAACAUUCAAGUCCAUGUUGAUAAAGGGAAGGUUGUGGAAAUUAGUGGACAGUGGAAGCAGCAAAGAGACUCAAAGGCACAUGACUGGAGGUGUGGCCAUUGGUGGGAAUAUGGAUAUGUACGGAGGCUUGAGAUGCCAGAGGAUGCAAAUUGGAAGAACAUAGAAGCAUACUUACAUAAUGACAUAUAUUUAGAAAUACGAAUACCGAAGAGCCAACAGGGUCGUGAUCUUCCUCAGGGAAAGGAUGUGGCUUAAACAUGCAGAAACAGUGUAAAUUUAAGAGAAUAACAGGUAGAGCUACUAAAGUUUGUCACAAUCUAGCAGCAACUUCUGUGCAAAUUGAUACCAAACAUUUAACAAAGUUAUAACUCUUUUUAAGUCUCAAACUAAUAUCAGCCAGCAUGAGAAGGCCUUCUGAUGAUGUAAAACAUACAUAUAUAUGCAAAGAGAAGGGAAUAAAAAGAAAAUUAUGGUGUAUAAAAUACAAUGAUUAUUUUUAUUUAUUUUUUGUUUAA